AUGACCGUAGUGCCCGGGGAGAACCUGGAUGAGACUGUGGCACUGGCAGCCCUGUCCCACGACGUCUGUGACCCGCAGAGAGCCGACCAGGAAUGCUGCGAGCGGGUGGUCAUCAACAUCUCCGGGCUGCGCUUCGAGACGCAGCUGAAGACGCUGGCCCAGUUCCCGACCACCUUACUGGGCGACCCGAGGAAGAGAAUGCGCUUCUUUGACCCGCUGAGGAACGAAUACUUCUUUGAUAGGAACCGACCCAGCUUCGAUGCCAUUCUCUAUUAUUACCAGUCCGGCGGGAGGCUCAGGAGACCCGUCAACGUGCCGGUGGACAUAUUCAUGGAGGAAAUAAAAUUUUAUGAACUGGGGGAGGAGGUCAUCGAAAAUUUCAAGGAGGAUGAAGGGUUCAUCAAGGAGGAAGAGCGUCCGUUGCCAGACAACGAAUUCCAGCGGCAGGUUUGGCUUCUGUUCGAGUACCCAGAGAGUUCCGGGCCUGCCAGGGGAAUAGCAAUAGUUUCUGUGUUGGUUAUUCUGAUAUCGAUUGUCAUUUUCUGUUUGGAGACUUUGCCCGAAUUUCGAGAGGAUGUCAAAACAUUUGAUGACCAUCUCGCAGUGAAUGGAACUACACGCGCAAAGAAGCCCAAUCCAUUCACAGACCCCUUCUUCAUAGUGGAGACCCUCUGUAUCAUCUGGUUUUCCUUCGAGUUACUGGUGAGGUUCCUCGCCUGUCCAAGCAAGCCCGCCUUCUUCAAGAACAUCAUGAACACUAUCGAUAUUGUGGCAAUCAUGCCAUACUUUAUCACGCUGGGAUUAGAGCUGGCAGAGCAUCAGGGGAACGGCCAGCAGGCCAUGUCUUUGGCCAUCCUGAGGGUCAUUCGCUUGGUACGAGUGUUCAGAAUUUUCAAGCUGUCCAGACACUCUAAAGGUCUUCAAAUCCUUGGCAAGACCCUCCAGGCCAGUAUGAGAGAGCUCGGACUCUUGAUAUUCUUUCUUUUCAUAGGGGUCAUUUUGUUUUCUAGCGCGGUGUACUUUGCUGAGACCGACGACCCAGACUCUGGCUUCAGCAGCAUCCCCGACGCGUUCUGGUGGGCGGUGGUGUCCAUGACCACGGUGGGUUACGGAGACAUGUGCCCGGUCACAAUUGGAGGCAAAAUCGUUGGGUCACUGUGUGCCAUUGCUGGGGUGCUCACCAUCGCGUUACCUGUUCCAGUCAUUGUCUCCAAUUUCAACUACUUCUACCACAGGGAGACGGAGCAUGAGGAGCAGUUCCAGUACACUCAUGUGACCUGCGGUCAGCAGCAGCCGUCGUUCGGCGAAUUCAAAAGGAGUGACAGCAAACCGUCACUGACAAAAUCAGACUACAUGGACAGUGACGAUGCGGACUCAAUAAAAUACACCAACUGCAGCCCACAUAAAACCUACACUGGUAAGCUUACAGAUGUAUGAUUGGUGAA